AUGAAGAUCUCAAUCAUCACCUCUCUUCAACUCUUCCUCGCCGCUAUCGCCGUUGCUGCCCCCUUGACUGCCGAUUCCAGCGGCUCCUCCGACGUUACCAACGUCAAAAGACAAGGCCUUUUCCAUGCUGGUGGCGAAGCUUCUGGUAAAGCAUCAGGGGGCCUUGGGAUUGGUAGUUAA